AUGGCGCUCUACAAGCUGCUGUGUGCUCUCACUGUGGGGAUCCUUCUCACACCAAAUGGGUGUCUUUCUGAUGUAUCAGUGACAUCCCCACAGUGUGGCAAAGCCGAUAGAUCUGUGGAACCAGCGGACAUGCCAUGGCAGGCUACGCUUACCAAUGAAAAUGCAGACAACUGUUCAGCAGUUCUGAUUCACCCGGAGACAGUGAUGCUAACUCAAGAGUGUCACAUUACAAAAGGAAAUUUCUCUGAAGAUGAGUCAUGGGUUUUUGUGGGAUCACAAGGCAACAAAGUCAGAGUGGGAGUUGCUUCUUUCCAACUUGAUGACUCAGAACACCCAGCUCCUACUCUUGUGGCGCUGGUGGAGCCUGUCAACAUCACAGAAUACGUAUCUCCAAUCUGCUUACCUGCAGAGGGCAACAUAUACAACAGCGACAACGUGGACAGCUAUGUGGUUUAUGAUAUGAAUACUGAAAAGGACGAGUCAGAAAUCAUUGGCCCCAAUAAGUGUGAAUGCAAGCUUGGUCACGUCAAAGACGGCAUGAUCUGUGCUAAAGAAUAUGUGGAGGAUGAGGACUGUGAGGAUUUGCAAGGAUCUGCUCACUUUAGCUAUGCCAAUGGUACCUGGUUCUUAACGGGGAUACGCAGGUACGAUCCACAUUGCCCCAACGGUAGCAUGAUUGUUACUUACACCGACAUGUCCAAGUUCCAAGAAUAUUUCACCAACAACACUGAGCUGAUGGACGACGACUUUUUCGAGUAUGUGGCAGAAAACGACACAGACAAGUACUUUGUGUGUGACAAGUCAACAACCAGACGCCCCAUGAUGUCAACAACCGAUCCGUUCAAGCCCCCCAUGACACCUGACUGCCCCCACCCCCCCACAACCCCCGAGCCUCCACUCAAACCACCAUGCGGGCACAAGCCUUGCUGCCGGGGUCCAUGUGGAGACGACAGAGACAGUAUUUUUGACGGUGGCGUGAGCCUGAUGCAUUGCUCCCCCUUCAUCUUACUCUGUCUUUCUGUCCUCUCGCUCUACGGGAAUCAUUGGUAACUGAUUGAGAAAACACGACAGCAAUCAGCUUAUACACCCAAGAGUGUCAGUCGCUGGGUUUAUACAGUGCCUUCUCCCUUUUCUGUAGAACAUGGGUAAAUAAAAUCACAAUCACUGGGUUUUUUAUCUACUAAAUCAGUCUAGCUCAUUUAUGUUCAGCGAGUAACUUAACACUUCUGAUACCCGAAUCAUUAUGAAUCUGUUUUAUUUUUCAAGCAGGCCCUUGGGCAGUCACAAAUGUUCCAUUAGCCACCUGUACUUGUACCUAAAAGUGAUGUUAUUCCUCAGUGGUUAGAGGUGGGGUUAAACUCAGGUGUUUAGUUACUCUCUAGGUUUUGUUAUGUGUUAUUGUCAGACUUGAUCAUUGGUUUGGGAUACAUGUAUAACCUCUCUUACACCGUGAUUACAACUCUCAGUUUUGGUGAAGGGACGUUCAGUCUGUUUAUAAUGAUAACACACAAUACAGAAACAGUUGUUGGGAAUAGUAGAUACUUCAAUACAAUGUUUGCUAUGAUGUCCAAUUUGCACAUCCAUAAGACAUGAAGGAGUUUUGAUUUUAAGUGUUUCAUAACUUAUAAACUUUCUUUCUUAAAAUGAAAUAAAUUCAAUUCAUAUCAA